AUGAUAGAGAGGGGGCCCCCCCACCCCUUCCCCCCCAUCGACUACUGUGUGUCGGUAGCAGGGGCCCCCCGUUCUGCUGCUGCUGCCUGGGGGCCCCCUGCUGCAGCAGCACCAGCAGCAGCAUCGUCUGCUGCAGCAGCAGCAGCAGCAGCAGCAGCAGCAGCAAGAGAUGGUUGCUUACUCAGCCCCCCAUCGCCUCCUCUGUGUAUACACUCUCCCCCCUAUUCAGGUGUAUAUGCAGCUACAGCAGCAAUAGAGAGAUACUGCCCACAGACAUAUCCUAGCCCCCCCUCUGCUGCUGCUGCUGCUGCUGCUGCUGCUGCUGCUUCUGCUGCUGCUAGUGCUGCUCCUGCUGCAGCGGGAGCUGCAGCAGGAACCACCAGCAGCAGAUACCUUGAAGCAGCAGCAGCAGCAGCAGCAGCAGCAGCAGCUCUACAAAUGCCAACCAAAGGAUUCCUUACAGGCACAUACACCCCACAGCAGCAGCAGCAGCAGCAGCAGCAACAGCAGCAGCAGCAGCAGCAGCAGCAGCAGGUUUUUGCUUCAGGUAUAUCUACCCCCGUACCCCCCUAUGCAUAUCAUCAGGGGGGCCCCCCACCAGCUGUCUCCUCUCCCACUGUCUCCUCCGCCUGUCUCCCCUCAACUGCUUCACAGCGCUCUGAGGGGGCCCCCGCUGGGGGCCCCCCUGGGGGCCCCCCUGGGGGGCCCCCGUACCCAUGGGGGGCCCCCAGUGAUGGUGGUGUUUGUGGUUUUGUUUCUGGUGGGGGGUACCCAUGGGGGGCCCCCAGUGAUGGUGGUGUUUGUGGUUUUGUUUCUGGUGGGGGGGGAGGAGAGAGAGAAGGAGAUAGAGAGAAAGAAAAAGGAGAGAGAGAGAAAGAAAAAGAAGAGACAGUGCAGCAGCAAGCAGCAGGAGACAGCAGCAGGUUGCUGCUGUCUCCUUUUGGGGAGAGUCUAGACUCUGAUGAGGCCAUACAAAUGCUGCAGCAAGCAUUCAGCAGCAGCAGCAGCAGCAAACAGCAGCAGCAGCAGCAGCAGCAGCAGCAGCAGCAGCAGCAGCAGCAGCAGCAGCAGCAGAGAGCUGCUGCUCUGCCUCGGUUUAGCUGCAGCGAGGAGCUGCUGAGACACAGCGAUGUCUAUGGGGGAGACAAACCCCUGCUGCUGCAGCAGCAGCAAGCAGACAAAAAGGAGACAGACAAAAAGGAGACAGGUAAAUAUAUAUAA